AGUUUGCAUCUCUCCUCGGUCUCUCCCUGAAGCCCACCGGUCCCCAAUGCAUCAUGUCCGGGAGCCAAGCGCCUUGCCUGGCCAUUGCUGCAACUGUGUGCUCCGGGACUGGUGGCUCUGAGGUGUGACCCUGCCCACAUUUGGGUCCAGCCAGGUUCAGCCCCCUCAGUAAGGAGGGCAGUUUGAUAACACAAAGAAAACAGUGUCAACGAGUGCUACCAAGAGCAGAAGAAAAGAGGUCAACACAGACUCAUUUCCUACUCCAAGGGGGAAAUUUCAUAGUCUAUCAGUUGGGUCAGAAAAUGGAGUUUUAUGGCAGAGGCUUCUUAGAAGCUUAAACGCCUGUCCCAAUGACGUCAAGUUCACCUGUUGGCUUGGAAGGUUCAGACCUGUCUUCCAUCAACACCAUGAUGUCGGCGGUCAUGAGUGUAGGGAAGGUCACAGAGAAUGGCAGGAACCCCCAGGGCAUCAAGUCCCCCUCGAAGCCUCCAGGACCAAAUCUGAUUGUCAGAAGGAACCAGGAAACGAAAGAGGAGAAGUAUUCCUAUAACUGCCCCCUAUGUGAGAAGAUUUGCACUACCCAGCACCAGCUGACCAUGCACAUUCGCCAGCACAACACAGACACUGGAGGAGCUGACCACUCCUGCAGCAUCUGCGGGAAGUCACUGAGCUCGGCCAGCUCCCUCGAUCGCCACAUGCUGGUGCACUCUGGCUAGAGGCCAUACAAGUGCACAGUGUGCGCAUUUACCACCAAUGGGAACAUGCACAGACAUAUGAAGAUCCAUGAGAAGGACCCUAACAGUGCCACAGCCACAGCCCCUCCAUCCCCUCUGAAGCGUAGGUGACUUUCCUCCAAGAGGAAACUGAGUCAUGAUGCCGAGUCAGAGAGAGAAGACCCAGCACCAGCUAAAAACAUGGUAGAAGAUGGGCAGUCAGGUAACUUGGAGAAGAAAGCUGAUGAAGUCUUUCACUGCCCAUUAUGUUUCAAGGAGUUCGUUUGCAAAUAUGGACUGGAGACCCACAUGGAGACACAUUCAGAUAACCCACUAAGAUGUGACAUUUGCUGCAUCACCUUUCGAACACAUUGAGGGUUGCUCCAUCACAACAUGCUUUUCCACAAACAACUUCCCAGGGAUGCAAUGGGCAGAGCUUUCAUUCAGAACAACCCUUCAAUUCCCGCUGGUUUCCAGGACUUAGGAUUUAUAGAUUUCCCCUGUAGGAAGUUUCCUCGAAUUUCUCAGGUCUGGUGCGAAACAAACUUGCGGAGGUGCAUCAGCGAGCAGCACCGUUUUGUCUGCGACACUUGUGACAAGGCAUUUCCCAUGCUCUGCUCACUGGUGCUGCAUAAGCAGACCCACGUGACCACAGACCAGGGUCAAGAAAAGCUGCAGGCCAUGACCCUGCCUGGUGAGGCCCUGGAGCAGAAGGGCUUCCUGGCCUUGCUGGGCCUGCAGCAAACCAAAGACGUGAGGCCUGCCCCCACCGAGGAGCCUCUGCUGGAUGACAACCAGGCAAUCCAGCUCCAGACACUCGAGUGUCAGCUACCUCAGGACCCUGGCUGCACCAACAUACUGAGCCUGUCUCCUUUUGAAGCUGCUUCUCUAGGCGGUUCUCUCACAGUUCUCCCCGUGACCGAGGAGAGCAUAAAGCACCUGUCCCUGCAGCCCUUCCAGAAGGGCUUCAUCAUCCAGCCUGACAGCAGCAUUGUGGUCAAGCCAACUUCUGGUGAGUCUGCGAUGGAGCCAGUGGCCAUCCAGCAGAUUCUGAAGAUGGCGGCCUGGGGUCCCCCUCAAAUCAGUCUUCCGCCCUUCUCCAAGGCCCCUGCCACCCCAAUGCAGGUGAUCUUCAAGCACAUGCCCCCUCUGAAGCCAAAGCCCCUGGUCACACCAAGGACGGUGGUGGCCACCUCCACGCCCCUGCCUCUCAUCAACGCCCAGCAGGCCUCCCCCAACUGUAUCAGCCCUAGCCUGCUGCCACCGCCCCUGAAGCUCCUCAGGGGCUCAGUGGAGGCGGCCUCCAACGCCCACCUGCUGCAGGCCAAGUCCGGGACCCAGCCCAACAAGGCCACGUGGCUCUCCCUGCAGCAGCCGCGGGCAGAGCUGCCCGGCCAGCCCGAGAUGAAGACUCAGCUGGAACAGGACAGCAACAUCGAGGCCCUGCUGCCGCUGAGCAUGGAGGCCAAGAUCAAGCAGGAGAUCACCGAGGGGGAGCUCAAGGCCUUCAUGACAGCGCCCAGUGGCAAGAAGGCACCUGCCAUGCGCAAGGUGCUCUACCCCUGCCGCUUCUGCAACCGGGUGUUUGCCUUCUCAGAGGUGUUGCGCGCCCACGUGCGCUCCCACCUGGGCAUCUCGCAGUACCAAAGCAACAUCUGCGACUACAUUGCUGCCGGCAAGGCCGCGCUCAUCCGCCACCUGCGCACGCACAGCAGGGAGCGGCCCUCCAUCUGCAAGAUCUGCCGCUACCCCUUCACUGUCAAGGCCAACUGCGAGAGGCACCUGCGCAAGAAGCACCUCAAGGCCACCCGCAAGGACAUCGAGAAGAACAUUGAGUACGUCAGUAGCAGUGCGGCCGAGCUGGUGGAUGCCUUCUGCGCCCCAGACACCGUGUGCCGGCUAUGCGGAGAAGACCUCAAGCACUACGGCACCCUGCGCAUCCACAUGCGCACGCACGGCUGCCAUGGCCUAGGUGGGGGCCACAAGGGCUGCAAGCCCUUUGAGUGCAAGGAGUGCAACGCCGCGUUCACGGCCAAGCGCAACUGCAUCCGCCACAUCCUCAAGCAGCACCUGCAUGUGCCAGCAACCACAUGGCCGUCGCCCGGAACCGGAAGGAGGGCUUGGCCAAUGCCACCAAGGACUGCAGCCACAGGGAGGAGAAGGUCACAGCAGGGCGGGCAUCCGAGCCUGGCUGGGGUGACCUUAACCCAGAGAGCCCUGCGUCCCCGGGGCAGGACCUGCUGGAGCCCUGCAGCAAGAGGCCCGGCCACCCCAUUCUGGCCACGGUUGACUCUGACGGUGCCUCGCAGCUCCUGGGGAUGGAAUGACAGCCUCAGUCCCCCUCAACACAGACAAAAGCCAGCAGAGAAAAGCGUUGCAAGUCUAUACUUCAUGGAGUUUCCUCAGUGCCCUUGGCUGUUGGGGAUUGAGAGAGAUCUUCCCAAGCAUGGCCCAGAAGCAGCUCAGACAGGGUGUAGUGAGGAUGUGUGUAUCCAGGGAACGGGCAUCGAGAAGCCAGGGUUGUGCCCGGAGCAUUGCAGAGAUGGCUUUGGAGAAAGCAAAGCAGUGACCAGUGACCAGGCACGUUACUCAUGA